AAGUAUUACAUAUUGGAUGUCGUGAUGGAUUAUAUCAAACCAUGCUUGUACCACAUGCAUUCAACCACAAAAAAAAAUGUUAGUUUGAAUAAUAUAUGAUAUUCCAACGCGUACAUUAAUUUCCAUUUGCUAAAAUGUUUAGAUGAAAUGCAACGUAUUGACAUGAUUUACUUUCAAAAUACCACAAUGAUAUUUGACCUGGACAAAGUAGACAGAUUUGUGGGAUAAAAUGUAAAUUACUUCAUAUACAUGCUUUAACAAAAUAAUAUUGUCCAACCGACCAACGUACGAAACACAUAGUGUCAAAAUGAUGGUCCAUAUUAACGUUAACCAUUUAAUAUACUAACAACUUCACUGCCCUUUAGUUUCCUGAAGAACUAGUACACGAUCAGGCUAGAGGUGUGGAGGAACUAUGCUACAACAACGGUUUUAUGGAACGACGGCGCGUACUUGGUAAAGAACAACUAUUCUGAGAUUCGGUCGUCACACAAAGGCAAAAGUAAAACUUCUAUGUAACAAUAAAGUCUUCAUAUUCAGGUUAUAUAACUCUUUAUUUAUGUUACUGUUUGGAGUGCAUAAAUCAUUUACAAACCUCUUGCCAAAUAAAAUGUCUGUAUACAAGUUACAUGUUUUUUUUAUCUGAAAAGAGCUGCAUUAUUAACGUUAUGUUUAGACCAAUUUGCUACUAAAUGCAAAAUGUAGCAUAUCAGCGUCAAGACCGCAGCAUUGGCCUGAUAAUGACACCCUGGUUAUAGAGAUAGCUGAUACACGCAACAGGUAUUUUGUCAUCGCAUCAAAGUCGACCAUGAAAAUGUUCUUGAGAAGUGUAUACAGUUGCAAUGAAUUGUCCUAUCCAUUUACUUGACCUUGCAGACCUCGCUCUGUGUUUAGAAUUCUACGAGUAAGGAAUUUAUCCACUGGCUUAUACACAAUGUAUGAGGUCGGUGGUUCUGCCCAGAUGCCUACCCCUGAUGAUAGGGCACCUAGGGUCUCAAACACUCCGGUUACAUUCCAUAAUCAUUUGGUCUUUACAGAAAAAAGUGCACAAUAUAUUCAUGCAUUAGAUAAGUGUACAGUAUACACUUUCAGUAGUCCCCACUAUACUGAUGAGUCACUGGGAUAAAUCACACAGAAAUUAAUUUCUGACCAUAAUUUAGGAGCACCAGUAGAAUGACAUAAAGAGUAGAUUCUAGACUAAUUCUACAGUCUGAAAAUAAGAGAAGACAUUAAUUACUGGCUCGUUAUGUUGAAAAAAAAGCAACAACAAAACAAAACUGGAUUUUCCUAACAAUCAAAUAUACAUAGAGAAUGUUUACGUGUAUAGUUAACAAUCCUACGCAAGUGUUCUAUUUCUGUUUCAAUAUCUACGUAUAUGAAGUACAUCUACAUAAACAUGUGACCUCUAAACAAUGCAUUAUUAGUUUUUUAUUACAUUAACAGAAAAUAGAUUAUUACAAAAGGGACGUUUUCAGAAUGAAUAUGGACUCGUUGCGUACUGGAUUUGAGCAAUAUAUCGAGCGUUUGGAAAAGCAAGCUGAACCGAGCAAGAACGAUGUAAGGUACGGACAAUAUGUUCAUUAUGCAAACUGCUUUUUGGAGAAGUUUGGAAUGGAAAGGGUUUAUAUGGUAGGGAGCACUGGGGACAGGACUAAACUCGCAUGGUCCAAAGAUGAUGGCGAUGCAGAUAUUCUUGUUGUGUCUGGAAAACUAGAGAUAUCUGUAGAAAAUCUUGAAUUUAAACCUUACAACCCGUGCUAUGUUUGGAUUCAUGCUGAUAAUGUCAGUAAACAACUAGGUCUACAAUUAAUUGAUAGCCUCUAUUUAUCAGCACAUUCACUGCGUGAGCUGAAACCAGAGUUAUUCACCAUUUUACGAGCCAUUCACUCACAUGUUACUGCUGGUUUCGACCGUUUACCGGAAGCUGGUGAAAAUGACACAAUUAUUACCGUUACGUCGAAAGUAGGUCUCGCAAGUACAAAAUACAGAAAUUUUAGAAUUUACGGUGAUAUCCCUCAACACCAGCGAGAAAGUCGGAAAAACAAUUUUGCACGGAGUGAAGAAGCAGAACGAUAUUUAACUAAAAGAAUGGCUAAUGUCGAAGUACAUGAGUAUGACAUGAAAAUGCUACAACGAAUAAUGAAAGUACUAAAGGUAGCAAAACGACCCGGAGGAUUCAGAGAUAACUCUGGCAAGAUUGCAUUUUUUGCAACAGCUUUAGAAGAUGCUCUGAAACGUCCAAAACUUAAAACGGUUUCAGACAAAGGCGAUUGCGGGGCAGAAAAUAACACUGAAGAGCCUAUACACCCUUUGAAAUAUGAAAAUAGCUUUGACGAAUUUGUUCACCGAAAUGUUAGAGUGGCCUACAAAGAAAAACACCACCGAGAUGUUGUUCCUGCGCUUCGGGUAAAAGGGGAAAUCAUGUACAUGCAACAAUGGAAAAGACGAGUUAAAGACGCAGGAUGGGAAGAAUCGAAGAUAAAGGACAUCUACAAUACAGAUGUAUUUGUGGUCUCACGAAUAGCACCAGUUAGUCCAAAUUUUGAUAAGGACUUUUGUUUGUCGUUUAAUUUAGCGGAGCAGAAAUUAGUAAAAUUGAUGACAAAUAUUCAACGUAAAGUUUUUCUGGUAUUGAAAUCCUUUCUUAAAGGGACAUUUGAACGGAGACACAGCGAAGAAAGAUUGGAACUGAAAUUUAAAACGUACCAUAUGAAAACUCUUCUCUUCUGGCUGUAUGAAACGUAUAGCAGUUCAAGUAUGGGAACAGAUACAGAAAAAGUCCAAACCGAUUUGAACGUGGCCCUUAAUUACCUACGGAAAAAACUUAUCGAUAGAGAGCUAUUGCAUUACUUUGUUCCUAGUAAUCUGUUUGUUGACUUUAAAGAAGCAGAUUUCAGAGUUCUUUUAGAAUGUGUGGACAUAAUAAAAUGCGACAUUUCUAGUAGUUUUGAUUUUUAUUUCAAACUAAAUGAUGGGAAACCAGUAGAGAAAUGGUUGUCUGAGGAAGAAACAAAAUGCAUUUUACAACUGACGUCAGAUGGAGGAAGAAGUCAGCAUAUUGACAGGUUAGAAGAUGCAGUGAUUGACCUGCAAAUAGGUUUUAAUGAUAGUGAGAGAGAUUGCAAAGGAAGGUCGCCUAUAAAGGCAGCUGUAAUAGACACUGUUAGACUAUAUCUAAACGAUGAAAAGCACAUCGACUUUCAUUUAUUCAAAAAGAUAAAUGGUUAUGUGGUUGAUUUCAUUGGUGACAAGGAAGGACGUAUGGAAGACGUGGAUAAAAUGAUUGCAAACGCUCUUGACAUUGUAUCUAUCUUCAAUAAAGAUGUAAAGAAAAUUAUGACAAGAUUUGGUGGCAAGGAAGAAAUGACAAAAAUGUUGCACGGAGCAUUUGUAGGAAAGGCUGUAGAUUUCAGUGUUGGACUCGAAGAGCAGAUUAUAGAAACGAUAGAUCGUUAUUUGUCAUGUGAUGACACUGAGGAAGACAACAUAUGUGCGGAACUUAAAUACAAACUGCUUGGAUAUUUUUCAGGCAGGAAGGAGUUUCCUCACCUGACGAGCUUAAGGAUCUAAUACGUUCGGUCUUAGAUGAUAAGACUUGUGAUGAAAAUGAGUUGAUUAGAACUUACUUAACCAGAUCUUGUAUAACAUAAUCAUGCGCUCUUGCUGUCAUUGUUAUUGGCAACACAGAUGGAUAUUAAAGUGUGAAAUUAAAACAAACGGUAUGUCUGGCGGGCAGUUUACGUUAAAAUGCGAUGCCGCAUCUUAAACAUCCUUCUUUCCUAGACUAUCUAAGAAUAGAUUACACUGCAAUAUGUGUAUGUUAAAUAUCAGGAAUUGUGGCAAAUGUUUGACCAGUAUUGUUUGAACAGUAUUAUCAUUAUGCGAUUUUUAAAGUUAAAACGUAUGAUUAAAUGCAUGUACAUGGUCUAUUUCAGGCGUUUGAUGCUUGAACUCCCUGUCGUAACAUAUCUCAAGAGAUCAAUGUCCAGCUGGUGCAUCUUAAAUUAUUCAGCCACAGAAAACAUCAUUUUCUAAAAUCAAAAGAACCGAUAGUCUGUCUAGCUUUUCAUUUGUUUUGUAUGUAUUACAGAAUAUGGACUACUCCUUUGUAAUGAAUUUACAACUAUGCUUAUUUCGCCAAAGGCGUAGCAUUGAAUAAAUACAAAUGUUAUACAUUUUUGACUAGCGAAAGUGAAAUAGAUAAAGGAUAGUUAUGUAUUGUACCACUUUUGUGUAAAUAAUCCAUAGUUAACAACAUUAUUUUCGAUGAAGAGUUAUCGCUCUCAGACAACAGCCAUGGUGUGCAAUUUCUUUUUUUGAAAAUUAUUGGGGUUUAUUAUAAUAACAAGUUUCAUUAAUUAUUUCAAGUUAUCACACGAUCCUGCAUCAGAUGAAUAAAAUGGAUUAAAAAUGGCAAGCCGGUUUUCAAAUUGUAGAGUACCACUACUACGAAAUGCAAGGAUUGUAGCAUUGCACAGUUUCUUACAAAGAUAUACCUAAGAAUGAAUGAACGUGUACCUAACUGGAAGACAGCUAAUAGUUGUAUGUCAUACUUAAAUGAAAGCUCGGCAUUGUUAUUAUUUCUAAUCUGUGAGGAUCAUUUAGAAUUUACCCUUAUCAUGCUUGACACGUUUGAUUCUGCCUUUGCGACCAGUGCAGACCCUGAUCAGACUGCUUAUCCGCGCAGUCUGAUCAUGAUCUGCACUAUUCGCCAUUCAGCCAGUAUCUUUUUGCUUUGCACCCCAUUAAACAGUUAAUGGUACUGUCCGAAUUGAAAGAUGGAUAAAAUCAUUAAAGAAAAGCAGGAUAAGGGUUAAGAAACAGUAUAUGUACAAGUUGCUCUUAGACUAUUGUUAUUUCCGUUCUUUUUCGCUUGUAUGCCCUCAAUAAAUUCGAAGAUGUU